GGGUACGUGCGCCUGUUUGAGCUCUGGGAGGGAAGGCGAAGUGGAGAGAGCCUGCAGUGAAAACAGACUGGAAGGAUGGAGGAAAGGGAGGGGAAGGUAAAAAUGAACACCUCCCUGAACUUUCCACUCCCCUCGUCCCACACACUUGAAAUAGAAAUAAUAACAUGAACAAAAAUGCUUACAACCACGAUGUUAUCGCCCUACUUAAGUUGCCUCACUCUGGAGGGUAUGGGGUAUAAAGUGCAGACUGCGGCUGUGUCGGGAGUAAAGGUUCGGGCUAGUGUGGGUGCGGGCGCGGGUGACCCCACCUUUAGGGAAGCCGGCGCCCUACUCUCCAGGCAGUAGCCCCGGCUGACCCCCUCCCUCCUUCCCUCCUCUCUUCCCUCCCUCCCUGCGUGUCUCCUCUGCACCGGCCCCCGCCGCGGAGCCAGGCGGCAGCACCGACGCCGCCGCAGCUCCUGCCCGCAUCGCGCUAACCCGCGCCCCCGGCUCACACGUAGCCGGAGCGACUGAGCCGGCAGCCCCGGGCCCACGUUGCGCACCGUGUGCACGGCGGGGCUGGCUGAGCUGACCUGCGCUGAGCUCCGGCGCCGCAGGCGGCUGGGGAGGGCGGCGUGGGAGAGGACGCUGAGACGCAGGGGCGGCCGCGCCGAGGUGACAAGCUGCGCACCUGGAAAGUUACCCGGCUGUCUGGUGAGGUCCCUGAGCAAAAUGGGAAAUGGUUCAGUGAAACCUAAACAUUCCAAGCACCCAGAUGGACACUCUGGGAACCUCACCACUGAUGCUCUGCGGAACAAGGUGACAGAGCUGGAGAGAGAGUUGAGGAGGAAGGAUGCUGAGAUCCAGGAACGGGAGUACCAUUUGAAGGAGCUGCGGGAGCAGCUGUCGAAGCAGACUGUGGCCAUUGCUGAACUCACAGAGGAGCUCCAGAACAAGUGCAUCCAGCUGAACAAGCUGCAGGAUGUGGUGCAUAUGCAGGGAGGAAGCCCGCUUCAGGCUUCUCCAGAUAAAGUGCCUCUUGAGGUCCACCGGAAGACCUCUGGAUUGGUCUCUCUCCAUAGCAGGAGGGGAGCAAAGGCUGGUGUGUCUGCUGAGCCAACAACCCGGACCUAUGACCUGAACAAACCCCCUGAAUUUUCCUUUGAGAAAGCAAGAGUCAGAAAAGACUCCAGUGAGAAGAAGCUCAUUACAGAUGCCCUUAAUAAAAAUCAGUUUCUGAAAAGACUGGAUCCUCAGCAGAUCAAAGACAUGGUGGAAUGCAUGUAUGGGAGAAACUAUCAGCAAGGGAGUUACAUUAUUAAGCAAGGAGAACCAGGAAACCAUAUCUUUGUGCUGGCAGAGGGUCGACUAGAGGUGUUCCAAGGGGAGAAAUUGCUGUCCUCCAUCCCUAUGUGGACCACAUUUGGGGAGCUUGCCAUUUUAUACAACUGUACAAGGACUGCCUCUGUGAAAGCUAUUACCAAUGUUAAAACGUGGGCACUAGAUCGAGAGGUAUUCCAGAAUAUAAUGAGGAGAACAGCCCAAGCUAGAGAUGAACAAUACAGAAACUUCCUCAGAAGUGUAUCCUUGCUGAAGAAUUUACCUGAAGAUAAAUUAACCAAGAUCAUUGACUGCUUGGAAGUGGAAUACUAUGACAAAGGAGAUUACAUCAUUAGAGAGGGCGAGGAAGGAAGUACCUUUUUCAUUUUGGCAAAAGGAAAGGUAAAAGUAACACAGAGCACAGAAGGCCAUGAUCAACCACAGCUGAUAAAAACACUGCAGAAAGGAGAAUACUUUGGAGAAAAAGCUCUUAUCAGUGAUGAUGUGAGGUCAGCUAACAUUAUUGCUGAAGAAAAUGAUGUUGCAUGCCUGGUUAUAGAUCGAGAAACAUUCAACCAAACUGUUGGUACAUUUGAAGAGCUGCAAAAAUACCUUGAAGGAUAUGUGGCAAACCUGAACCGUGAUGAUGAAAAAAGACAUGCAAAGCGAUCCAUGUCUAACUGGAAGCUGUCCAAAGCACUCUCUCUGGAAAUGAUUCAGCUGAAGGAGAAGGUGGCCAGAUUUUCCUCAUCAUCCCCAUUCCAGAACCUUGAGAUUAUUGCAACACUGGGCGUUGGUGGGUUCGGAAGAGUUGAGCUUGUUAAAGUAAAAAAUGAGAAUGUCGCUUUUGCUAUGAAGUGCAUAAGGAAGAAGCACAUAGUUGACACCAAGCAGCAGGAGCAUGUCUACUCAGAGAAGAGGAUCCUAGAGGAGCUGUGCUCUCCAUUCAUUGUGAAAUUAUAUCGUACUUUCAAGGACAAUAAGUAUGUAUACAUGCUUCUGGAAGCCUGCUUAGGUGGGGAGCUAUGGAGUAUAUUAAGGGACAGAGGCAGCUUUGAUGAACCCACCUCCAAAUUCUGCGUUGCUUGUGUGACAGAAGCAUUUGAUUACCUGCAUCGACUAGGUAUUAUCUACAGAGACUUGAAACCAGAAAACUUAAUUCUAGAUGCUGAGGGUUACCUUAAAUUGGUUGACUUUGGAUUUGCGAAGAAAAUAGGGUCUGGACAGAAAACAUGGACAUUCUGUGGGACUCCAGAAUAUGUAGCUCCUGAAGUCAUUCUCAACAAGGGACAUGACUUCAGUGUGGAUUUCUGGUCACUGGGAAUUCUAGUGUAUGAGCUCCUAACGGGCAACCCACCCUUUUCUGGGGUUGACCAAAUGAUGACCUACAAUUUGAUUCUCAAAGGAAUUGAAAAAAUGGAUUUUCCCAGGAAGAUAACACGACGACCUGAGGAUUUGAUUCGGAGGCUUUGCAGGCAAAAUCCAACAGAAAGGCUGGGAAAUCUGAAGAAUGGAAUAAAUGACAUUAAGAAACACAGGUGGUUAAAUGGUUUUAAUUGGGAGGGACUGAAAGCACGGAGCCUUCCAUCACCUUUGCAAAGAGAGCUCAAUGGACCCAUAGAUCACAGCUACUUUGACAAAUAUCCUCCUGAAAAGGGAAUGCCUCCAGACGAGCUAUCAGGCUGGGAUAAAGACUUCUGACAGAAGAAAAGUUGAUUACUGCCUGUACACUACAGAAGAGGACCUCAAGGAUCAAUAAUCCAACACAUUAUUUUCUUUUCAGAGUAUUAUAAUAUCUUUGGAAGACCAUUAGGGAAAAGAAAUUCCUGCACAAGGGGAAGAGGAGAAUGGUAUGGAUGUGGUUCUGAGUUAUAGUGUCUCAUUUAGAUGCUGUGAAUUAUUGAUGUAUUACAUUAUUUGCUUUUCUCAACUGCUAGAGGCUAUCCCAUUUUCUUUUCCACAAUCAGAGCCAUUUUUGUUAAAGUGGCAGUUUUUUCUGCAAUCUAUUGUUCCAUUCCAAUCAUAUCCUUCUCGUUUGAGUACUACUAACGUUUAAAAAGGGUCUUGCCCUUGAAUAACUAAGUCAUACAAAUAGAAGGAAAAACAAUGGUGAAUUUUGGAGAGCUCCCCAGCUCUCAGCAACUUCAUAUAAGCAUGAUGGUAUCUUAAAAUGGUGGUUUGCAGAAAGCAUGGUAGCCAACAGAACCUCCUGACUUUCACCUGCUUUUAACCUGAAAAUAUAUUAAUAUGCCUCUGACAUGAGUCCAGGGAGAGGCAAGAUUGAGCAAUAGUCAGUGGCACCUUUUCCUAAAGUAACUGAAUCAAUCAAUCCAAUCAGGUAAUUAUUUUCUAUUGGGGAACUUAGAAAAAAAAGUAAAGCAAGAAAUAUUUUCUCUCCUUUAUGAUCAGUGAUACCUUAGAGACUUUUCAAAAGUCCUUGUUAAAGAUAGUCACAAUGUGUGGUUAAAUGAUGCUAAAAUAUUUUCACAACCAGAGUAGAAAAUGUCCUGGAACAAAAUUGUGAAGGCUUUUCCCUCCCAGUAAAUAGAAAGGAAGAUAUAUUCUAAUAGGUAAGACUGCUAACUCUUUGAAAAUCUGAGGUAUUUUGAAAAAUUCUGUGAUUGUUGCUAUUAAUAAACCAAAAUUGUAUAGAAUCAUCGUUACUUUUUAAUAUAAAUCCCAUUGACAAAUGUUGAUGCACUGUAAUCACUGCUGAGUUAAUAGCUCUUUUUAAAGACAUCUGAGUCAUGGAUGUGUUUAUAAAUUUAGAUUGUUAAGACAGGCAAGCCACCGGAAAAGUGAUAGGAUUUCAGAAGUAAAAGGGACAACAGCAUUCCUCCUAUCCCUUCCUUGCAAUCUCCCAAAUAAUAAAUAGGAUAGUUUCAAUAGCAUGGGACCUAGUACCUAAGAAGUUUGCUGAUGAAUGGUUGUAUGUAUUGACCACGAGCAUUCCCUUACCCUCCUUCCAAAAUGAAUAAGAAGCAGAGACUUUUCUGUAUUUUUUAAAUCUAGCAGAGUAAAAAUACUGUAUAAGUUCUGGGAUUAUUCAAGCUUCUGGUUAUAUUUUCAUAUGAUAAUGUUCUAUGUCAAGAGGAACCUUUACCCAGUCCCCACUCAUAAUUUCCUCAUCCAGAAAAAAGCCAGCUAUAUGCUUCCUUAAUGAGUUAAGCUAGACAAGUGAAGCCCAAUCCAGAAAGGUGCAUCCUUAACAAAUUAGAUUUCCACAUUUAUAAUCCUUUUGCUGAACCAAAGAGUUUUUGUUUCCUGGAGCUGUAUUUUUAAAGAUUAUGUAUUGUACAUAGAAUAAUCAUUUUUAAUAGGAUUGACAUAACCUGCUUAAAGAAUUUCUAAGAGUUUUUAAAGAUUUUUAUUUGAAUUUGGUUUGUUUGUACUGUAUGUUUUUCCAUGUAUAUAUUUUUAAAUUACCAACCUAUAAAGAUAGAAAAUUUAUGUAUUGGGUGGAUAUUAGAACUGUACAGUUAUAAUAGGAAUGAUAUUCUCAAAGCAGAUUAAUAGUUGUAAUUUUUAAAACCCUACAUAUAUAGAAAUAACCAAGUUAGAGUACUACAGGUUUAUUUUUCCUGUGAUUGACCAUGUCAAUGUGUUAUCCUCCCACGUGAUUUUUUAUUGUUUCCUUAGAGUACUUUAAAAGAUGAAGAAAUGAGAGACUGAACCAUUGAAUAAUCCCAACUCCGCUAUUUCCUGACUGAGUGACUUUGGGAAAGUGAUUUAGCUUUUUUGAGUACUAGCUUUCUCAUUCAUAGAAAAAGGCAGAGUAAAGUAAUAUUUACUUUAGAGGCUUGUUUCAGGGAUUAAGUUAUGUAGAGAGUCUUUUGCCCGGUGUCUCUGAGAUAACCAUUGCUGCAUAGACGGGAGCUACUGUUACUGUCUCUAUUAAAAUUAAAGGGGCCUUAAUAACCAUUUAGUCCAUCUUAUGUAUCAUUGGUAUCUGUAUGCAGAAUUGUACUUAUCAAAUCCAGUAUCUGUCAUUUUUUUUUCUUUUAAAUCAUGAAGUAAAAAUGAUUGAUCAAAAACUUCGGUGUAUGAGAUGAAGGGUUAACCCUCACUAAAGUGAAGUGCUUCAUUAAGUUAACCUAAAUUUUAAUUUUUAUGAAUUAAAGAUACACACAUACAGGGAAA